UCCAGAUAUCUGAAAAGUUUCUCAAUUUUAUCUUUCUCGACAGAUGAUUGAUCUCCCCAUUCAGGUCAAGGCAUGUGCCAAGAUCCAAUUUCGAAAUGAAAAGGUCCCAUAAUUUUGGUGGGACGUCCAAACAACGUAUUUAGGACUGUACAUGUUACAGCAUCACCGAACUUACCAUUCAAAACACAGUCAACCGACCACCCAGCUAACAACCGGUCUCCAUCCCUUCCAUGAUGGACCACUCAAAUAUGAAUUCUCCUAGCCCUCUAAUAAAUGCACGCAUGUGCUUGAGUAUAAAUAAAAAAACAUGAGACAAGAUCUCCACAUGAAAACCGUGUUUAUAUGAUAGCUGCGAAGAAGAAGCACGAGCUAUCCUCCAAUUUCAGAUCUAUCCAUCGCUUCCAUUCUUGACACCGGUUUGGAGCAAAGAGGAUAUAUAUAUAUAUAUAUAAAACAUUUGCAAGAGGGGUAGGUGCCUGUACUAGUUAUUGGUAGAAAAAACGAGGGGGGAAUAUUUUCGGAAGAAGUUUGAGGAGGAACAGCUGUUGCUAGUAGAAGGGAGUUCAUAUUUUGUCACAGACAAAAUAUGGGACAUGGAAAUAACAUAGGUAAGUACCAGUUAGGUCGAACAAUCGGAGAGGGAACAUUUGCCAAGGUUAAGCUGGCUGUAGACAGCACUGAUGGCCGUCCUCUUGCAAUCAAGAUCAUGGAUAAGAAAAAGGUCAUGCAAAGCCAUCUCAAGGAUCAGGUACAGAGGGAGAUAAGAGCUAUGAAGCUCUUGCACCACCCCGGUAUCGUAAGGAUACAUGAGGUGAUUGGCACAAAGACAAAGAUUUAUAUGGUAAUGGAAUAUGUAUCAGGAGGACAACUAGCAGAUAAGCUGUCCUAUGCCAAGAAACUUCGUGAAUCGGAGGCGAGAAGAAUAUUCCAUCAAUUGAUGGAUGCCGUGGACUCUUGCCAUAACAGAGGAGUUUAUCACAGAGAUCUAAAGCCAGAGAACUUACUUCUGGACGGCAAAGGAAAUCUGAAAGUCUCUGACUUCGGACUAAGUGCAUUACAAAAGACCGCAAGCUUGCUAACUACAACAUGCGGGUCACCUUUCUACAUAGCACCUGAGCUUAUUGCAAAUAAGGGUUAUGAAGGGGCAGCAGCAGAUGUUUGGUCCUGUGGGGUAAUCCUUUUUGAGCUACUGUCGGGAUAUCUACCAUUUGACGAACGUAACCUAAUAAUGUUAUAUAAGAAGGUAUUAUCUAUACAAGGGUUAAUUAUCUCUCCCAUGUGCGAAAGUAAUCAAUCCAUUGAUGACUCGGCUUGUGUAAAGAUAUCUGCAGCUGAUUACACAUGUCCACAGUGGUUUACAGAAAGUCAAAAGAAGCUAAUAUCAAGAAUAUUAGAUCCAAAUCCCAGAAAGAGAAUAACAUUACCAGAGAUCCUUGAAGAUGAAUGGUUUCAGAUAGAUUACGUGCCUUCUUGUGGAUAUGAAUGUGAUGAAAAAAUCUUCUUGGAUGAUGUUAAUGCUGCUUUUGAUGCUGACGAGGUCAACGCCUCAGAAACAGAGACCCCUAAAUCCUCAAGUUUCAUAAACGCUUUCCAACUGAUAGCAAUGUCCCAUGAUCUUGAUUUAUCAGGUCUCUUCGAAGAACAGGAAGUCAGGAAGCAGAAAACCAGGCUAGGAUCCAAACAUACAGUUAACGAAACCAUAAGGAAAAUAGAAGCUGCUGCAAUGGAUGUGAGUUUGUCAGUUGAAAGAAUGAACAAUUUCAAGAUGAAAAUGCAUCAGAAACCAAACAUGAAAAGAUAUACCAGAUCAUAUUAUGACCUAUCAGCAGAGGUAAUCGAGGUUGCUCCUAUGAAUUGCGUUGUAGAAAUAUCAAAAUCAGUCGGGGAGACAAGAUUGUACAAAGAGUUCUGCAAAAGUUUAUCGAGUUUGCUGACAAAGAUAUCAGAUGUAUCAUUGCAAAAGGAAGGAUCAGAAAAAUCAAGCAACAAUAGAAGCACUCAAGAGAUAAGAAGCUGUGAGGAGCAAAAUGAAAAAGUGACUAAUGGCCUUCAAGGCUAUUCCUCUUCUUGAUGAUUACCUUAACCUGCAUUUGACCUGGCAUUUCACACUUCCAAGAACCUCAGAGAAACUAGACACUUUAUUAUAUGAUAAUCUUUCAACUGCAGAACCUAAGAACCAUUGACAAGUACCAUAAGGCAGCAGGGCACUGUUCCUCCACAGAAACAAGUCAGCUCUGUUGUGUACAGGACUGUUUGCUUGCCCCAAAUUCUCUCCCAUUUCUUCUUUCUUUUUCUUUUUCUCUUUUUUUUUUUAAUAUAUAUAACUUUGCAUCUUCCUUUCAUUUUGACACUAAUAACUCCAUAAUGUAUAUUAAAGGCCAGAAUUCUUCUUUAAUAUUUCCAAUGAGAGAUCAAUGACUGAAAAAACAUUCCUGUAA